AUGAUCGAAGACAAAGAGCAAGGCGACCAUCAGACGGAUGAGAACGUCACCGAUCUCCAUGAAUUCCAGAACGAUGAGGGAUAUGUCAUUGACGCCAGCGACCCUCAACAUGCUUCGCUCAAGCGAGCCCGAGACGGGACCACGAUCCUUCUACCACAACCUUCCUCUGAUGUCAACGAUCCAUUGAACUGGACACGGUUCAAGAAACAUCUUAUUCUCAUCAUCAUCUCGCUAUCAGCUUUCCUUCCAGACUAUGGCAGUGCAACAGGAGCAGUCACUCUAUUGCCUCAGGCUGCUAUCUGGAACAUGACCCCAGAUCAUGUCAACCACAGUCAGGUGGGCAACGUGUUUAUGUUGGGAGCAGGUGGUGUCGUUGUCGUGGCCCUCUCUGCCUACUUUGGCCGUCUUCCUGUCCUCUUCUAUUUCCUGGUCAUGGCCACUGCUACAGCAGUCUGGUGUGCUGCUGCUCAGACCUUUGAAUCCUUCAUGGCUGCUCGAAUCCUCAACGGCUUCUUCAGCACUGUCUCGCAAGGUGGUGGUCUAAUGUUCAUCUAUGACAUGUUUUUCUUCCAUGAAAGGGCGAGGAAGAUCAAUGUCUGGUCUUCCUUCAUCAUUCUUUCGCCAUACUUUGGACCCUUGUUUGCGGCCUUCAUCAUCAGCACCCAAUCGUGGCAGGUGCCGUUUUGGGUAUAUGUUGCAGAGACUGGCCUCGUCCUCGUCCUCGUUAUCCUCUUUGUUGACGAAACAUAUUAUGACCGUCGCAUUCCAGUAGCUUCCCAGCCAGCCAAAGGCACGCGAAUCUCUCGUCUGGUGGGAAUUUCUCAGUGGAAAUCACGUCACCUCCGAAAUACUCUAGGACAAGCGCUGAUGAGGCCGAUCAAGGUGGUCAUCAAACCAACCGUCUUCAUCUCUUGCUUCUACUACCUUCUCACUUUUGCCUGGGUGGUUGGCAUCAAUACCACGCUUGCCAUCUUUCUCACUCCCCUUUAUAACUUUGGACCCAAGCAAAUUGGGUACUUCUAUUUUACGCCGAUUGUUGGGGCAUUGCUCGGUGAGAUGUCAGGUCACUGGCUCCACGACUUCAUCGCAACACGAUACAUCAAAGCCCACGAUGGCAAGUUUGAGCCCGAGGUCAGACUCUGGGCCAUGUGGGUGGCGACGCCGUUCAUGCUGGCCGGAUUGGUUGGACUAGGGUUCGCAUUGGAAGAGGGUUACCAUUACAUGGUGACGUCGGUGUUUUGGGGCCUAUAUGUCUUUGGGAUCAUGAUUACAACAGUCGGGCUCAAUGCCUAUAAUCUCGACAGUUACCCAGAGGCAUCAGGUGAGGUCUCGUCAUGGAUCAACUUCUCUCGUACAACCGGCGGCUUCAUCAUCAGCUACUUUCAGGUCACCUGGGCACAGGCACAGGGGACCAAGACCAGCUUUGGCAUUCAGGCUGCCAUCUGUGGGUUUGCCUUCCUGUUGAUCUGCUUUCUACAGGUAUUUGGCAAGAGAUUGAGAGUCAGGAGCGGUGCUCUUGGAUUCCAUACUGCAUAG